GGUACUUCCGGGAUUUCUGGUCCCAGUGUGCGUGUCGGGAUUACAGCCUGACUGUCCCCGGCCCUAUGUAGGAGGACCAGACCCUGACUGUUCAUCCUGAGCCGUCCGAUCCCACCACGAACGGGCCAUGCAUGGGAAGUUGCUGCCGCUGGCCGGCCUCUAUCUUGUGCAGGGUCUGCCCUAUGGACUGCAGUCCAGUUUGCUUCCCAUUUUACUGCGGGCCCGUGGCCUCUCCCUAACGCGCGUGGGUCUAACCAAGGGAUUGUAUGCUCCAUGGCUGUUAAAGCUGGCGUGGGCACCGCUGGUGGACAGGCGGGGCACCCCGCGGGUCUGGUUAACACUCAGCACACUGUCCCUGGGCUUGGUGUGUGGACUGCUGGCUGUGUUGCCUCCUCCGCAAGCUGGCCAAACAGGGCUACCUACCACCGUGAUGGGGCUGCUACUGCUGCUGAAUCUGGGUGCAGCGGUGCAGGAUGUGGCUCUGGACACACUCGCUGUGCAACUCCUAGAGCCAAAGGAGUUGGGACCUGGGAACACUGUACAGGUGGUCGCUUACAAGCUGGGAUCAGCACUGGCUGGGGGUGGACUGUUGGUCCUCUUCCCCACUCUCUCUUGGCCACUGCUCUUUUUGCUCCUAGCUGCCACCUACUGGCUGGCUGCUGCCUUAGCCUGGGCUGCACCAGCCUUGGGAAGGCUGCCAUGGCCUCAGGCCUCAGAGCAUACACCCCACAGCUCCUAUCUUCUACAAGAUUUGCUGGCUGUGCCUGGGACCCUCUGGACAGCGGGCUUUGUGCUCACCUACAAGCUGGGUGAGCAGGGUGCUGGCAGCCUGUUUCCACUUCUCCUGCUGGACCAUGGUGCUUCUGCCUCAGACUUGGGGCUAUGGAGUGGCUUGGGUGCUGUGACCUGCUCCAUUGCUGGCUCCUCCUUGGGUGGGGCUCUACUGGCCAGGCACUGGCAGCCACUGAAGCUGUUGAAGACAGUGCUGCAGCUCCGCCUUGGGAGUUUGGCUUGCCAGACUGCUCUGCUCUUCCACCUCAACAGCCCAGGGGCCAGCGUGGACCCUGGCACAGUCAUGAGAGGGGCAGUUUUGCUAAGCCUAUGUCUACAACAGUUUUUUGGGGGUGUGGUCACCACUGCCACAUUCACUGUGAUGAUGCACUGUAGCCAGCUAGCACCCAGAGCCCUGCAGGCUACACAUUACAGCUUCCUGGCCACUCUGGAACUGUUGGGCAAGCUGCUCCCAGGUACCCUAGCCGGCGUGCUGGCCGACAGCCUAGGCCCACAUCUCUGCUUUGCUGUCUUCCUUGUACUCUCAGCCCUGCCUGUUCUGGAUCUCCGCCUGGCACCCAGUAACCUGACCUGAGCUGGAUGUUGGUUAGGGCUGUCUAUAAAGCCAAUAAAGCUAUGUAUGGCCUGGAUGUCUGGGACACAGGAAAUGCAGCUCUCCUCAAACUGAAGGCUAUGUUACCAGAAAGCACAUAAAAUUACUGAAUGCUUUUUAUUCUGCAGUUUGGAUCUUCUUAUCCCCUUCCUGCAGCCAGAAGGUUUUGCCUGACAGUCAGUGAUGGCCACAUCAUGGCCUUGGUGAGCCUGACACCCUCGGAGUAGUGGCCACAGUCUGGCUUGCCUCAUGCCUCAAUCAUGUGGCACCCUCCCAUGUAAGGUGGUCAUCGGCCUCUCAGCAGGAGCUCUUCUGUAGCUAGGUGCAUCAGGGCAUGAAAGUCCAGGUGUAGGUACUUCCUCCAGAAGCGCCGGUCCAGCCCAUACACCUGGGCUGGGUAGCAUGGACUCGCUAGGGUGGAGCAGAAACACAGGCCUGAGGACUCAGCUGGCUCUAAUACCCAUCCCCCGCUGGCACCAGGCAACCCCGUGGCCCUCACCAAUGCCAUGGAAGAUGCGGGCCACAGCCCUUCCUGAAAACCUUUCUUCUGGCCUCAGGGACAGGAGCUGGCGGACAUCCCGGCGUAUUUGGUCCUCCCAGUCCUGAAGCUGUGGGAGGAUAGCAUGUAACCUCAUCUGAGCUACCAUAGCAUCUGUCAUGUAAAAUCACACCCGGAGCAGCCAAGGAAACCUUGAGCCAAGCAGGGAUUGAACUGUGGGGUCAGGGUUGAAUGGGGCCAUGUCACUGUCCCAAGCUUUAAGAACUAUCCUCAGAGGUGUGGCACU